AUAUCCUGCUAUCCCCACCCAAAUAGUUCUGGGCACACGCCCAGUUUUUUUAUGAAAAAAGGCAACUUGGGAAGAUAGGAAUUCACAGACGAGGCAUCAUUGUACUGACUUUGAAAAGGCAAGACUCUGCGGAGAAUUUGGGGAUACUAAACUAGUUCUAGAUAUGGAGGGCGCCAUCAAAACAGUUGUCACGCAGUUCCUGUCAGCCGCACGGGGCAAAGAGAAUUUGAGCGGCAAGAGUUUCCAAAAACUAGUCCAGAGUCAGCUGGGCAACAUUAUGAGUGACACAGACAGCUCUUCAGCAGUCAAGGACAUGAUGAAAGGGCUAGAUGACAACCAGGAUGGAAAGGUCAGUUUCCAGGAGUACAUGACGCUGAUAGGCUAUGUGGCUAAGUCAGUGUGCGAGCAGAAAGGACAGUCCAAUGCGGCCGGCGGACAAUAGGCUGAAUGCAACAACGUCCAGAAGCACAUAUGACAUUUGGGUUAAUGAACCGCUGAUUGUGAUUUGUAAUACUGGAGUCUUGAACAGAUCUUCACGGAAAAUAGGGAAGACAAGGGCCAAGUUGUAUUGAACUAGCUGUUUAAACAUACAAAAUUACUGCUAUAGGGAAAACAAACAGUUAAAUUGGCCCAAAAUUGUUCCAUGAUAUAGUGCUUGUAAUAAUUUCCCUGUGUCUAGACAUUUUAGUACAACAAUUACAUUUAAGUCUCGGUUGGUACAAUAUUUACAUGUAUUCUGAUGUGUGAUUAUACAAUCUCUUACCUGUGGCCCAAGUGCUAAGUCGCCUAUAUGUUUUUGUUACAGUUUUGCUUUCGUCCAAAUUUUUUGUAACAGAUAUUUUUUGUCAUUAUAAACAACUUAAUUGUUUGUCUGAAGAUGUUUACUCUUUAUAAUUUCCAAACCGGAUAGCCAAAAGCACGAUAUACGAAUGAUAAAAGCAGGAUCAGUGUGCUUAAAAUGUUCAAUGCUCAUUAUUGUAACGCCAACAUUUGUCCAGUUGGAGGAGGGACGAGUAUAUACAGCAUAUGGUGACAAUGUUUUUUGUAAAAUCUUUCAAUAAAAACAAAGCAAUGAGGAUGAA